AUGGUGCCUGCUAUCCCUGCAACAAGCAGUGGUGGUCCGAAGAUUAGGAAGCCUUAUACGAUCACCAAAUCGAGGGAGAGCUGGACCGAGCAGGAGCACGACAAAUUUCUCGAGGCCCUUCAGCUUUUCGAUCGCGACUGGAAAAAAAUUGAAGCAUUUGUGGGCUCAAAGACUGUUAUCCAGAUAAGGAGCCAUGCACAAAAAUACUUUCUGAAGGUUCAGAAGAAUGGAACAAGUGAACACGUUCCUCCUCCUCGUCCUAAACGCAAAGCAGCUCAUCCAUAUCCCCAGAAAGCAUCAAGAAACACUCCCCUGUUGCCACAACCUGCUACAGCAUUUCAAGUUUCUUCUUGUCUGCUUGAGCCAGGCUAUGCUCCUAGAACCGAUUCAGCUUCUGUACUCAGGAACUCCAGUACAAGUGGAACAAUAUCUUCUUGGGCCCACAGUCCAGUUCAUUCUCGUAUUGCGCACAUGGCAAAAGAAAAUAUAGGGCCUGCUGGAGCAAUGGUUGCAAAUAAUUGUUGUAGCAGCACGGGAAGCCCUCCUAGCACAUGGCCGCCUUGUGACACAAAUGAUCAAGGGAAUCAUGUCCCACCACUGCGUGUUAUGCCAGAUUUUUCUCAAGUAUACAGCUUUAUUGGAAGCGUCUUUGACCCCAGUACAAGUGGUCAUCUGGAGAAAUUAAAAGAAAUGGAUCCAAUUGAUGUUGAGACGGUGCUUUUGUUAAUGAGGAAUCUCUCUGUCAAUUUGACAAGCCCUGAUUUUGAGGACCAUCGGAAAUUGCUCGCAUCAUAUGAAGUCAGUUCUGAGGAUGCCAAGUCUGGAAGCGCUAACAAUACCCUUGAAGCUGACGAGGCUGUGAAUGGCUCAUUCAUGGUCAAAGUUGAAUAAUUAUGGAUAAACCUUUUAUCUAUAACGGAAGAAAUGUGACCUUUGGCUUUGUUGUAUCCCAAGCAACAACAAUAGGCCGAACAGAUGGAUAGGCUAACAACUAUUUUCACUGUCAGUAUCCUCCUUUAAAAAAGGGAAAAAAAGAAAAAGAAGAAAAAAGCCUUUUGAUACCCAAAGUCGUGUGAUGUUAAUGUGGAUCUGCCCUUGGCAAGUGGUUAUGCAGUAGUGAUAUUAUUGUACAGGAACCUGACCAUGCCCUGUUACGUGGGUGAGAUUUUGGCCGUGUAUAUGGUGAGUUCUUAGAUAUGUGUAAAUUAUCACUAGACGCCUUAGGCGCCAGGUGUGGUUUAGAUAUACUUCAUACGUGUAUUAUGUAUAUAUGCGAUCCUUUGAUUUGCAUGAUAUCUAAGUGAGUAAUACUUUGGAGUUGUUCCUUUUGGCCUACAAUUAUUGUGUAUUUGGUGAGAGAUACGUAUGAUCUAAAGCGAGAAAGAGUAAAUUUUAGUCAAUUA